AUGUCGUUCGAGAUUUAUACUGGUUCUUGGACCGACUGGUCACGAGGUCGAGUUCUGGGAGCAACCCUCACUCUGUCAUCGAGAGAUUCCAGCCUUCUUCUCGCUUUCAUCGCAGCGUUCGUCACAGUUGUUGCAAUUAGACUCUGGCUUAUCAUUGCCUUUACCGCUCACCAGUUGGCUGCCGCUGGUGGAAAACAUGAUGGACUUUACUAUCAGCGACAAGUCAUUCUUCGGAACGUCAAGUCCGCGCCAGCAGCUGCAUGGUUGUUUCUCCAACAAGCUUGGCACUGGAGAGGAAUUGCUGGAUCUUCCUUUUCCAGGACACUCCCUCUGGCGUUGUUUUGCAUCAUCUACUCUGUGGGAUUCGCCAUUCUAGCAGUCUUUUCUUCACAGAUAUCAGAUUCGGCCUCUGCGUAUCGGCUUUUACGUAGUCCGAGCUGCGGCUUCCAGAUACCGAGUGAGGAGUAUCAAAAGGCAACAUUUGACAAUCAGAGAGCCGCUCUCUAUUCCAAGGAAUGCUACAGCAACACAUCGUCCCCCGUGUGCAAUAUGCUACCCACCAGAGAACUAGAAUGGGCCUCUUCAUCAGUCGACUGCCCAUUUGGAGGAAAGGUGUGCCUUGACACGCCUGCUUUCAAGAUGGAGAGCAGAAUGAUUGACACGCACUAUGACUUGGGACUUAACAACCCACCGAAGAAUAGGCUGAAGUACAAGAGGGAAACAAUAUGUUCUCCCCUGAAUACUGGCGACGGUUUCACCCAAUACAUAAAUGGCUCAGAGGCGGAUUCUUUGGGCUGGCAAGACAACGUGUUAAUCAGAUACCUUUAUGGUGGAAACCUCAACGACCUGACAUUGAUGCUCAUCGCGCCCAAUUCAGUUAUCAAUCUCAAGCCCAACGAUGAUCCGGUAUUUGCUGCUUCGAUACCAACGAAUGCUCAAGGUGCGGUCGGCUAUUUGCCGGAUCGCUGGAUCGCCAAAACCUUGUCGAAAAUGCUAUGA